AAAAUGGUUGGUGAAACUACUUUCAUGAUAUAUAAUACCAAUUGAGAUUUUAGUUGGAAAAAACAAUACAUAUGAAUACCAUUUUACAAUAAAUACCCAAUCACUGCCAAAAAUAAAAUUCAUACCAACUCCCAGUAACUGCCCACCACCUACUCCAUUUCACCGGAAAAUGUCGUCGGAAGCCCCGGCACCGGCUGCAAACUUCUGGGGCGAUAUGCCGGAGGAAGACUACUACGCCUCUCAAGGAGUACGCAACUCCAAAUCUUACUUCGAAACACCACAUGGCAAGCUCUUCACUCAGUCAUUUCUCCCACUUGACCCAAACGUAUCUCUUAAAGCAACUGUUUACAUGACUCAUGGAUACGGCUCCGACACCGGCUGGCUAUUUCAGAAAAUAUGCAUUAACUAUGCUACUUGGGGUUACGCUGUUUUCGCCGCCGAUCUGCUUGGACAUGGCCGCUCCGAUGGAAUUCGAUGCUACGUUGGGGACUUGGAGAAGACUGCUGCUGCUUCCUUGUGCUUUUUUAAGAGUGUGAGGAAUAGUGAUGAGUAUAAGCAUUUGCCGGCAUUUUUGUUUGGGGAAUCUAUGGGUGGGUUAUCUAGUUUGCUCAUGUAUUUUCGAUCGGAGCCGGAUACUUGGACCGGGUUGAUUUUCUCCGCCCCGCUUUUCGUCAUUCCUGAACCUAUGAAACCUUCUAAGGUACAUUUAUUCGUGUAUGGACUGCUAUUUGGAUUUGCCGAUACAUGGGCGGCUAUGCCAGACAACAAAAUGGUGGGCAAGGCUAUAAGGGACCCUGAGAAACUGAAAAUAAUCGCAAGCAAUCCCAGGAGAUAUACCGGAAAGCCAAGGGUUGGAACUAUGAGGGAGAUUGCCAGGCAGUGUGAAUAUGUCCAGAACAAUUUCCACAAGGUCACUGCUCCAUUUUUUACAGCUCAUGGUACCUCGGAUGGGCUUGCAUGUCCUACAGGCUCACAAUUGUUGUAUGAGAAGGCAAGCAGUGAGGACAAAACCCUCAAGAUUUACGAUGGAAUGUAUCAUUCCUUGAUCCAAGGGGAGCCUGAUGAUGCUGUCAGUCUUGUUUUAGGUGAUAUGAGGGCUUGGAUUGACGAGAGGGUUGAGAAGUAUGGUCCAAAAAUCAAUGGCUCUGCAUAAUACUUUUCAACUUUGAACUCUGCUUAAUCGAUGUAUUCUUUUGUGCUUGACCCCAAAUUUGGUAGUUGAGCGGACCACAUCUGGCAAACUAUACGCCUUAAAGAAACCAUAGUAUUUUUAAUUACUAUUCGUCCCA